AUGUCUUCGCCCGGUGAUUCAACUUCAAACACUGCGAUUCCAGUUGAUGAAAACGGGAAACCCCUAAAACCAUGUUGUGCCUGUCCCGAUACUCGUCUCAUUCGUGAUCAAUGUAUUAUGCAGUAUGGUGAAGACAAUUGUUUGGACUACAUUGAGGCUCACAAAGAGUGUUUGAGAAGACUGGGUUUUCGCGUUUGA